AUGAUGGCACCCAAUUCGAUGCUUUACUUCAAUCAAUCCGUCUCCCCAAGUUGUUCGUCGGAGAUCCAACCGACUCAACUCUUGCCAUUCCCCGUUCUAAAUCCACAAUUGUUUUUCCUUCCGAAUGCCUUUACCCUGCCUUUCUUCAACGAAAUUCCCUCAUCGAACUCGGCAAGCAGCGAGCGAUCGUCACCAGCCUCAUCGCCGGAAAAUUUAGACGACACAAGCUCGCAGCAUGGAUCGAUCAAGGCUGGCGGCAAGGUGAAACGCGGUCGACCCCAGCAGGAGAUUCACGACGAUCUCGAGGAUCCAAACAGUCAAAAGAGAAAACACCGACGAUUGUACGCGAGGCAGUACAGAGCACAGAUGCGUCAAAAGAUCGAUGAGGUGAAAAAAUUGCAAGACGAUUUAGCGGAAGUGAAACGAAAACAUCAGGAUGAGAUUGCUGGCUUGAAUCAGAUCAUCACCAAUCUCAUUCAAAUCAAUCAACAACUAAUGCCCACCGUUUUUGCCUCAUCAUCGCCGAAGAGAGUGAUU